AUGGCGUGGCGCAAUCAAGGCAUUACAGGUUCGAACAACAUUCCUCUCGGAACACGUCGUCGGUUUGGAGGCGAAAGCAACGGUGACUCGCAGAAUGGAAGCUCUGCCAACUCUCCCGUGUACGGAGAUUCGGGCAAGCGUGGGCGUAGUCCUACCAGAGCUGAGCCUGCUGCCGAUGGCGUGAAGAGACGUAGGAAGCGAAACCGAUGGGGUGAGGCUGGCGAGAACAAAGCCGCAGGCCUCAUGGGACUUCCCACCAUGAUCCAAGCAAACAUGACAGCAGAGCAGCUUGAUGCAUAUACUCUUCACUUGCGUAUCGAAGAGAUCAGUCAAAAGCUUCGUAUCAAUGACGUUGUCCCUGCGGAGGCAGAUAGGUCUCCAUCUCCACCGCCUCAAUACGACAACUUCGGUCGCCGAGUCAACACUCGAGAGUUCCGCUACCGAAAGCGUCUAGAGGAUGAAAGACACAAGCUCAUUGAGAAGGCCAUGAAGACCAUUCCUAACUAUCACCCACCGUCUGAUUACCGACGACCGACCAAGACCCAAGAAAAGGUCUAUGUGCCAGUGAAUGACUAUCCCGAGAUUAACUUUAUCGGUCUACUUAUUGGACCUCGUGGUAACACGUUGAAGAAGAUGGAAAAUGAAUCAGGGGCCAAGAUUGCCAUUCGAGGCAAAGGCUCCGUCAAAGAAGGAAAAGGCCGAUCUGACGCAGCUCACACCAGCAACCAGGAAGAAGACUUGCAUUGUCUCAUUAUGGCAGACACUGAGGAAAAGGUCAACAAGGCCAAGAAGUUGAUUCACAACGUCAUUGAAACCGCGGCGUCCAUUCCCGAAGGACAGAACGAGUUGAAGCGUAAUCAACUUAGGGAACUUGCCGCGCUCAACGGAACACUGCGCGACGACGAGAAUCAAGCUUGCCAGAAUUGUGGACAAAUCGGUCAUCGUAAAUAUGACUGUCCAGAGCAGCGCAACUUCACUGCGAACAUCAUCUGCCGAGUUUGUGGUAAUGCUGGUCACAUGGCAAGGGAUUGUCCAGACAGACAACGAGGCAGUGACAUGCGGAACAAUGUUCCGGGUGGAUUUCAGCAACGUCGCCUUGGUCCUUCGGAUGCUGUCGACCGGGAAAUGGAGAACCUCAUGCAAGAACUCUCCGGAAACCCCUCGGAUGGCCCAGUUGGUCGUAUUGAGGCUGCCCCUGGAAGCUAUGAUCAAGGAGAUUCGUACGGAGGCGGUGGCCGCGGUGCUAGCGGUGGCGGCGAUUCUCGUCCAUGGGCCAGGCAACCGACUGGUGGCCCUGCUCCCUGGCAACGGGAUCGACAUGACCGCGAUACCGGUUCCUCGCUUCCACCUUGGCAGCAAGGCCGUCAAGCCGACUAUGGAUCUGCUCCAGGUCACCAAGCCGCACCCUGGCAACAGCAAGCACCUCCUCCGCCUCCAGGGCAAGGUUAUGGCUAUGGCGGUGGCUAUCCAGGUUACGACCAACAAGCAACCUAUGGCGUUCCCCCUCCUCCACCAUCUGCUCCUCCUGGGAUCAGCUCUUUCCUUCAGCAAUAUGGUCAAGCACCUCCUCCGCCUCCCGAUGGAGCUGCUCCGCCGCCGCCACCGGAUGCGCAACCUCCGCCACCAAGCAACGACUAUGUUCCUCCCCCACCGCCGCCAGCAUAA